AUGUUAAUAUUGACUAAUUUUUGUCCGAAUUUAUCCUCAGGUGAACUCUCACAGACACGUGACGCUAUUGCUCUGAUUUUAAACAAGAUUGCUGAGGAUCCUCAGUCAUCCAGUUGUCCAAAUAUAUCUUACUCCGAAAUAAUCGGGCCAGUCGCAAGUGCUUACCCCACCGGCUCACCUUAUGCUUUAGCGGUUGGAUCGCAUCCAGGAUUACCUGCAUGUGGAAUGGGUUUUGGUUCGGAUAUGCAUUUCAGAGCAGCCCCAGGCUCGAAUCCCAGCUUUUCACCUCCUCAUAUUAAUUCUCUUUCACCUGUAAGUCCAACUACCUCGAAUCCAGCUUCUGGAUCAAUUUUCGGUGGAAGUUCUUCCCCAGCUGUUGCUGCUGCUAUGGCUGCAAUGAGUGCAGUUGCUGCCUGUUCUCCAAACGCCAAGUCAUCGUCUGCAUUGGUCCCAAAUGGUGGUAGAGCAUUAAUGGGCCGUGGUGUAACUAGUACACACUCAAGAUCUGUCGCAACACAUUAUAGUGCUAGGAUUUCGCCAACUUAUGGAUCACCAGGACCUGUCAUCUCUUCACCUAACUCUGGUAUGGGUCUUGAGGGAAUACGUAGUGUUUUAAAAAGUGCUGGCUAUUCUGAUGCAGCCACAGAUGAGAUUGCCAAUGCCAUGGAUGUACUAAGCCUAUACGGGUUUAUUUCAAUGUCCAGUUUAACUGGAUGCAUAAACUCUUCGCCGAUGAUUAAUUCACCUCCAAACAAUCAUCUUGCUGUAAAUUCCAAUGCGUUAAGUGGAAUAGGCAAAUCAUGUACUAACUUCGACUCAUGUGGUCAACAAUCUCCAGUGUUAUCAAAUAGUUUUCACUCUAACGAUCUCCCACUGCAGAAUUUUCGAAAUCUUGCGGCAGCAUCUAUCCAAAAUUGUGUCACUUCUCAACCCAGUCAGAUAUACAUGCAUAAACGAUCUUCAUUCUCUUCGUACCAACCUGUCAGUAUGAAUUCGCAUCCACGUGCAAAUCAUUUAACUGCUACAACAUGCAACAAUAUUGACACUAACAUUGAAGUCAUUCCAGUCAUUAAAGAGUUGAAUGUCCAAGAUUCACUUUGCGUCUCAUCUGGUCCGAUAGUUUGUGGGUCGGUAGAAAGCCAUAGUUUAGAUUUAACUACAGGUCUUUAUUCUUCUAUCACUUCAAGUGAAAGAUUAAAUCCGAAAAGUUCCACUCAGUCCCCUGUUUUAGGGAUUCGGACUGCCUCUCCAGUAUCCAAUAUCUCAAUACCAAUCAAACGGAACGGUGUGACCACUGAUAGUUCUACUAAUGGCUUAAUACCCCGUCGAGUUUCGGAUGGCAGUGUAGGUGAAGAACAUCAUAAAAAUAAUGGGACUUGUCGCAAUACAGCUUCUAUAAAUAAUGACACUAGUCGAACAAAUAGUUUAUGGAAUUUAUAA